UUCACUUACAUCACUUGCAAAUGGCAUGAAAAGUCUUGAAUUUGAUGUAAACGAUAAAUUGAAUGAAAAUGAAGGAUCGCCACAAGCUAGUGAAAGAUCUCCGCAUACUACUCAUAAUCCUUCACGAGAAGCCUUGGUUGAAUAUGAACAAAAUGGUCAUCAAGAAACGUCCUGA